AUGUUUUCUAAUAAUAAUGCUCAACUUAUCGAAAUGCGUGAUCGAUCAGCAAAAUUACAAAAAGAAAAAGAACGCGACGAACGCAAACAACAAGGUCGAGAGCGUAAACAGAAAAGUGAACACGAAAAAGUUCUCAAUGCUAUUCGAGAACGAAAUAUUCAUUUACAAAAGGAUCCAAGCAUUGAUAUAUUUGAUAUCAGUUCAAAUCCAGCCGGUAGUUGUGUGCAAUUAAACGAAACUGAUCAAACAUUAACAUUUCCUGUUGUUUUUCUCUACCCGGAAUAUGCACAAACGGAUUAUGUAAAGACGUUCCAUGAAAAUACACGACUCAUUGAACAAUUGUCUGUUUUGUUUGAAUCGCUUGCACCUUGGGAUGAAGAAGGCAAAUAUACAUUAGAUCGAAUCGCGAUUUAUUAUGAAGAUCGACGUAAAUAUGAAUUAAAAACAGUUUCAUCCGAUAAAACAUUACUUGAAGUACUGCAGCUACCGGGAUAUGUUGUUCAACUUGGCAUGCCAAGUUUCAUAAUCAUGAUUCCUGAUUCUCCGUUUGCUAAACAUUAUCUGAAAAUGCAUGCAGAAUUGUGA